GAAUGUCACAACAACGGAGCUCGGCGAGGCUUGGGGAUGGAGGUCCCGGGAGUGUUUCGGCUGGACGUCGGCCUGCUUGUCUCAGUGCUGCGCGAGCACGAGCAGUCUCCAGCUGCUGCCGGCCAUUCCGCGCUGGAUGGGCCGCUGGACACCGUGCGCUCCCAGCUCGAGCACUCGAGGUGUUGGCCAAGGCAGCGGGAGGCGUGCGUCGAGUGCCUAAACCGCAGUGCCGCCUGGCCCCUGCUGCUCAACUGGUUGCGACGGAGCUCGGACCAGCUACUGGCGGCGCGUGUGCCGGCGGCGCUGGCGGCUGGGGUAUGCCUGCAGGCAGCAGGCGGCGGCGGGCCGCGGCCGGCUGCUGCUCCUGUUGCUGCUGCUGCUGCUGUCUCCCCGGCGGCGCCAUUUGCUACUGCCAUUGCCAGUAGCAACGCAUCCACGGAAGCGGGAGCUGGAGGCGCGGGCGGAGGCGCAGGCGGGAGUGGCGGCGCGGUGGCGGCGCACGCACAGCAGCCAGACCCGCGUGUCGCUGGGGCCGCAGCCGAAGCAGCUUGUUCGGGAGCCGGAGCGCCCAACGGCUUUGCUUCCAUGGAUGCAGCCGUGAAAGCCACCGCCACGCACAUCAGGGCGCUGUUCCUGCUGUUUGAGGCCCUAGUCACGGAAGCGGCAACAGCAGGCGUUGCAGGCGGCGGCGGCGCGGCGCCGCCGCAGAGCCGCCGCCGCGAGCUGCUGUGUCGGACCGCCCGCGCGCUGCUGUCAAGUCACGGCCUGCGGGCCUGUGGCCGCCUGGCGGCGCAGGCCGCAGGGGCCGCGGCCAAGGCCGCCGGCGCUACAGCGGAAGGGCCUAGCGGCGGCAAUAGCGGUGGUGGCGGCAGUAGCAGGAGUAGCAGCAGUAGCAGCUGCUACGAGGUGGGGGGGGCCGCCCAGCUGCUGGCGGCGUUGCUGGGUGUGACGUGUGACGUGGUGUCAGCCGCCGCCGGGCUAUGCACCGGCAUCCAGCUGCAUGCCGCGAGCAGACAACAGGAGCAGCAGGAGCGGCGGGGAUCCACGUCGCCGCCGUCGCCGCUGACAGAGCUGCUGCCGCGCGAGAUAGCCGCCAGCGGUCUGCUUGAGCACGUGGCGGCGCUACUGCUGCAUGAGGCUGUAGCAGUGGGGCGGCGGCGGCUGCAGCACCAGCGGCAGCAGGUGCCGCCGCAACAGCAGCAGCAGCAGCAGCAGCAGGGGCCGCCAGCACCACUUGAGGGGCCACCGCAACAGCAACACCAGCACCAACACCACCAACUGGGGGGCUCACGGCUGCAGGAGUCGCUGCUCCACCGAGUUCACACCUUGUCGCAGCAGCACAUAGCGCUGUGGAUGGGCGCCUUUGGCGUGGAGGCCAGCAGCAGCACCGGAACAGGCGGCAGCAGCAUGACCAUCGGGGGUGGCGGUGGCAGCCGCCGCAGCAGUAGCGCCGCGCGCCCGCACCAGCAGCAGCCGGCGCAGCCGCCGCCCCCAGUGCUCUUGGGUGCCUGCCUGCAGAUGCAGGUGCUGUCACAGGUGGUGGCGACGCUGGGUGCGGCGGGCUUUGGCGGCGGCGAGCGGGGCGUGUGGGGGCUGCCGGCGGAGCUGGCGGCGGGGCUGCCGCUGCUAGUGGAUGUAGCUGAUCAGCCUCAGGUGGAUCUGAGGCUGCUACAGCCGCACCUCUUUGUCGACAGCGUAGCCUACCUGGCCAGUGCGCCGUUCACUGUGCUGGCAAUAGUCGUGUGUGCCCUUGAGGAGCUCCUCAAGCCAGCCACGCGCGGCAGUACCGGCAGCGGCACCAGCAGUAGCAGCGGGACCGUUGGCGGCGGCCGCGGCGGCGCAACGACCAGCAGCCCUCGUGGUCGCGGCGGCGGCGGCACGGGUGGCAGAGAUGGCGGCAGCCGAGGCGGUGGUCUGACCCAGGCGGCCGGCAGUAGCAGCAGUGGCGGCGGCAGUAGCAGCAGCGGUGGCGGCUACUGCUUGUCCCCCAUCACACCGCGGGCGGCUGCCCAGGUGAUGCUUCGCUGCGCCGACCUGGCAGCGGCUUCCCUGAACCACGCUAAUGCGACUGCAACGGGCACUGCUACUGCGGCGGCUGCUACUACUACUGCUGCUGCUGCUGCUACGGCGGCGGCGGCGACUGGCGCCGCUCGGGCGGGCGCGCUAGGCGCGCUGGCCGCGGCGCCCGCUGGGCCUUCGGACGCACAUGUGGCGGACCCGGCGGGAGGCGGCAGUGGCAGUGGCACUUCCAGCGGCGCCCAUGCCACAUCCAUGCCAGCAUCCGAGAGUGCGGCGCCGGCGCUGCCAAUGCCGAUGCCGAUGCCGAUGCCAAUGCCGAUGCUGCGGCUGCAGCGCAGUGACGCCUGGGAGGUGGGGCUGUCCGCUGUAGAUGCCGCUAGAGGCAUGUGGUCCGCUGCCAGCGACAACAUCGGCAGUAGCAGCGGCAACAGCGGCAGUAGCAGCGGCAACAGCGGCAGCAGCAGCGGUCCGCUGCUGAUGGCCCGCUACUGGAGGACGGUGGCGGCGGUGCUGCGGGCCUUUGUCGCGGACCUGGGCGCAAGCGGCAGUAGCGGCGGCAGUAGCGGCAGCGGUAGUGAGGGCGAGCAGCUGCUGCGCGUGCAGCGGCAUGCACAGCUGUUGGGCUGGGUUGGGAGGGCGCUGCAGCGCGGUCCCGACGUGCCUGCGCCGGGCCCGGAGCCGCCACCGCGCCCGCCGCGGGCCCUGGCCGCCCCCCUGGCAGGCGGCAUGCUGUCGGCGCUGGAGUUGGCGGUUCGCGCCGCGCCCGACACCGGCCUAGCGCUGCAGCCGCUCGCGACCUUCCUGCCCUUCAGCGUCGAGAUUUUCGGCAGCGCCACCUGCUGGCCGCUGUUCCAGCAGCUGCUGGCGUUCGCGCCGCCGGCCCAGGCGGCGGCGCUCAUCACCAGCAUCGGCAAGCGGCUGCAGCUGGUGGUGCAUGUGGCGGCGGCGCAAGGGGGGCAAGGAGGAGGGCAUGGAGCAGGGCAUGGAGGAGGGCGUGGAGAAGGGCGUGGAGGUGGUGGCGGUGAUGGCGGUUUCAGCUGCUUGGAGGGCGAUGUGCAGUGGGUGGUGGCGGCGGUGUCGCUGCUGCCCAGCCCCGCCCUGCAGCGGCAGGGCGCCGGCGCCGGCGCGGGCGCCAUGCCGCCCGGCAACCUGGCGAGCACGGACCGCCGCGGCGCGGGUUGUGGGGCUGGCGGCCGUGGGCCGGGGCAGAGGUCGCCCGGCUUCAUUCCGCCAACCCUGGUCUCGCUUGGCGGAAGGCUGGGCGGAGGGGUGGGUGGGGGCCCUGGCAGGGCCGGCAGCAGCGGCCGCCGCCCGGAAGCGGCGCCGCCCGACAUGCUACAGCCGCACGGGCUGCGGCUGCGGCUGCUGCUGUGGCACACGCUGCACCGCUGGCUGCCGGCGCUGUCGCGCUGCCUGCGGCUGCCGCAGCUGGAGCGGCCGGAGGCGGCGCAGCUGGUUGCGGGGCCAUAUACACAGGUCAUGUACCUGCUGUUCAACCCGCUGAUAGCACUGGCGCAGUGCGACGGCACGGUCGCUGAGGCCGCCGGCGCCCGGGCCCAGGUACCGCCCGCCGCCGGAGCCGCCAGCACCCGCACCCCGCCGCCCGCCGCUACAGCCGCCGCCGGCACCGCCACUGCCGCUGCUACAGCCGCCGCUGACGCUGCCAGCUGGCGGCAGUGGCUCCUCCACGACGUGGAGGUGCUCGAGCUGUUGGAGGUGGGGCUACGGCUGCUGGCGGCGCUGCAGCCGCGCGACCCAAGCGCCGUGGGCGUCACGCUCGCCGUGCAGAACACGCUGCUGCUGCUGCCGCUGGCGGCGCCGGACGCCUUGGCGGCGACGCUGCAGCCAAGAUCGCCGUCGCCGCCGGCCUGGCCUUGGUCCGCCGGAAACCUGCGUGCCAUGCUGGCGAAACACACGCCCACGCUUGGGCUGAUCGGCUUCCCGGCGUUCAUGGUGCAGGGGCCGCUGCCCAGUGUGGAGCACGUGCGUGAACUGGCGACGUCGGGCGCCACAGGGCCGGCGGUGCGGGCCAAGGCGCUGGGCACGGGGGCCACGCGUGCCGCGCUGGCACAGAUGGCGCCGCAGCCAGCCGGCGACGGCGCCUGGCGGCACCCGCUGUCGCCGCGUGAGGCGGAGGUGGAGGCGGCGGCACUGCAGGGGGGCGGCUUGGAACAGGGGCAGGGACAGCAGGGACAGCAGGGACAGCAGGGACAGCAGGGACAGCAGGGACAGCAGGGACAGCAGGGACAGCAGGGGCAGGGACAGUGGCAGCAGCAGGGCCAGCACGGACAGCAGGGCCAGCAGGGACAGCAGCAGGGGCCGCGAGGGCAGGCGCAGCAAGGGCAGUCGAGCUCGCCGCUGAGCUGCUGCGGCAACCCGCGCUGCACCAACCUGGCCGGUCCGAGUGAGUCGGAUCUGCCGCUGCAGGCCUGUGGCGGCUGCAAGGCCGUGCGGUACUGCGGCCGACCCUGCCAGGCGGCGCACUGGCGCGCGGGGCACAAGGAGGCGUGCCCAGUGCUGAAGGGUGUUGGGAGCCGCUGAUGCGCGGGCGUUUAGCUUUGCGUCCUUUGGGCGGCUCCGGCGCGUUUGUUUGAGGUUGCGUUGAAAGCGUGGCUGUUGGUACAGGAUAAGUCGGAGGCUUUGGAAGGUGUGCGGCCCGAUUGGUGAGAGAGGUUGCGCAAUCCAGAUGGUGAGGUGGCUGAGCUCAGGAGUUGCUCCUCGGCUUGUUGCCUAGCUACCGGUAGGUAGGGUCGGUGCCCGUCGCCUGCAUGAGGAAAUGCUGCGGCUUCAGUGACUGCUGCAUGGUACGCACGCACGAUGUGGCCGUACGGAUUUGACACGGGCAUAGUGGGCGGGAUUGCUCAAAACCAUACAUGCAACCCUAUGGACUGCUCGUGUGAUCCAGGAGCGAGCACCGAUACACAGCGCAG